AUGUCUGACUAUUUUAUAAUAGAUACACAAACUCCAACGCAGUCCCCAGUAAGAACUCCAGUUCUGCCAACAAGAUUCUCUCCACGCAAGAAGACCGUUAAAUCGCUUGCUGAGUCACUGUCACGCGCUGCAAAAAUCAAAUGGACCCGGACCAUGAAUCAAAUAUUAUUCAAUGCCUUGCUUAAACAGAUAUCUCUAGGCCGAAAAGCAGAUAACGAAUUUAAGAAGGAGGCACAUAGUGAAGCCGCUGUGGAGGUGUAUAAGAGGACGCAAAUUACAAUGAACUGGCAAAACGUUCAAAACCGUAUGCGGUAUCACAAGCGUGAGUACAACGAUGUGGAGGACAUGUUGGCCGUAAGUGGUUUUGGUUGGGACAGCGAGCAAAUGUCACAUCCAAGAGUAAAAAGGUUACGCGGAAAAUGGAUUGAGCGAAUGGAUGAUUUAGCGGCGAUUGUUGUUUCAGACCAUGCAACAGGCCGCUACGCCCAGGGAAGCAAAAAUAUGGCCGCGUCUUCCUCUCGUAUUCAGCGAGAUUUGAAUGACGCUCGGACUAAGCUAGACGAUGAGAUGGAUGUACCUAUCAAUCUUUCCGAGGAUCAUCUCGGAGAUUCGACUGGGAAUUAUCAUUUUUCAAAUGAUUCUCAUCGAGCAAUAGAAAAUCGUUCAUUCCGCAGCACUCCCAAUCGAGCAAAUGACUCUGAGAGUAGUCGUGGUGGGAGUGCCUCUACGAAACGGAUGCAUUCUGCUCGUCCCUGUGAUGUCCUUGGCAGUUCCCUGGAUGGUGUGGCAGAGGCAAUGCGAAACUUUGGACUUAGGAAAGAGAUAAACCCCACUAGUAAAGUGUUUAAUAUCCUCGAGGAGGUUCAGGGACUGAACAACACAGAGUUUAUAGAGGUUGGUUAG